AUGAGAGUGUCAGGGCAAAAUGUUCAUAGUCGUCGGGAUUUAAUCCCGGGAUUACCAGAGGAAUUAGCGAUGGAGUGUUUGGUUAGAGUUCCGUUCGAGUUCCAUUCUUCCAUAAAAUCCGUUUGCCGGUCAUGGCGAACCUUAAUCUCCGACCGUUCGUUCAACAGGGAACGGCGAAGAUAUGGAAAAGCUGAAUCGCUUCUCUGUCUUGUUCAACCACUGACAUCGCCGUCUCUGGUUAAUCCACCGAUUGAAGGCGAAGUGAGUGAGAAGAAGAAAGAGGAGGAAGGCGAGUCUCACCAGCAGCAGCAGCUGCAGCCGCCGCGUGUUAUUGGCACGCCACUUUACGGUUUGAGCGUUUACAACGCAACGCUGGACACGUGGCACCGCGUCGCGAUUCCGGAACGCAUUCCUCUGUUCUGCGAGUGCGUUGCGCUUCAGGACGCCGGGAAAGUGUUGUUAAUCGGCGGCUGGGAUCCAGAGACGCUGCAGCCUGUGAGGGACGUGUUUGUGCUGGAUUUCCUCGCCGGGGAAGGAAGCGGACGGAGGUGGAGGCGCGGGAAGCCGAUGUCUGCGGCGAGAUCGUUUUUCGCCUGCGCGUCUGUUGGUUCGACGAAGGUUUACGUCGCCGGAGGUCAUGAUGAUCAGAAGAACGCUCUCCGGUCUGCGGAAGUGUACGAUGUGGAGAAGGACGAGUGGUCGACGAUUCCUCCGAUGGCGGAAGGAAGAGACGAAUGUCACGGAUUCUCGAUGGCGGAUCUCGGAUUCUGCGUUUUGAGCGGUUACGGGACAGAGACGCAAGGCCAAUUCCGAUCUGACGCUGAGGUCUACGAUCCCAUUUCGAAUUCGUGGUCUACGAUCGAAAACGUAUGGCCGUUUCCGGAUUUGAGCCCGAGAGGUCGUACAGCGGCUUCUGCUGAAUCCGCCGGAGAUUUCAGAGGUUGUAGGUUAUGGUGUUUCGUUGACAGCGAGCGACAGAGUGAGGCUCGUUGGGAGAUUGAGGACGAUUCGAUGAAAUGGAAGGUGGUUAUGGAGACGGUUCGGCUUCCGGUGACGACGAUGACGUCCAUUUUCGCGGGAAGCUUGAGUGGCGAAGCGGUGGCGAUGAUCGGCGGCGGCGGCGAAGAAAGUGGGACGAUGAUGAAGAAAAAUGGCGGGAAGUGGAGCCACGUCAACACUCCCUCUGGUUUUUCGAGUCUUCCUUUCUCGUAUUCUUCAAUCUACGUCUGA